AUGUGCUCCCGCCAGGAGAAAGAUCAGUGCCACCAGCAAGAACGGUCCUCAUGCCACAGCAGCGAAGGCUGCCAUGGGAGCAGCAGCGGAUCUGGAUGUCACCGGAGCAGCGGUGGAUCUGGAUGUCACCGGAGCAGUGGCGGAUCCAGUUGCCACAGUAGCAGUGGUGGAUCCGGGUGCCAUGGGAGCAGUGGGGGAUCCGGAUGCCAUGGGAGCAGUGGGGGAUCUGGCUGUCACCGGAGCAGUGGGGGAUCCGGAUGCCACGGGAGCAGUGGGGGAUCUGGAUGCCACGGGAGCAGUGGGGGAUCCUGCCAUGGGAAGCCGCAGGAUUGCCAGCAGCAAAUUUAUCAAGUAUCCUCAAAGAUGAAGUGA